GAGAUUUCACGUUUAGGCUAUUUUCUGCGAGCGCUGACAGGCGAUUAUCGGUGCUCCAUGUUACCAUAUGAUCAACAGACAUCUAUAAAUAACAGGAGACAAUAUGGAGCAACGGGCAAAUGUUUAACCAGUAGCCAGAUAUUGACACUAAUACGGUGUUAUAGGCUCAUGUCCUAGACGACGAUUUAAUACACGCUUAUUUUAAAGCCUUUGAAUCCAAAAAUAUCGUAUUUCAGCAAUAAGGAAAUCGGGUUCUGGUGAUUUGUAGCACAACAGGUUAUAAAACUUGAAGUGCUUUCAUACAGUGAUUACGGCUAACCUUUAAUUUGGAAUAUUCAACAGUCGUGCCUGGAGUCAAUCAGAUGACGAGAUGUCACCUACGUCAUCACGUUCAAGAAACGUCUGCUUUUAGCGGCCGAAUUCAAAAUUCAUUCAGCCAAUUUUUUUUUUUUUUAAUAGUAAAACGCCGAUUGAAUUUACAGAACGAACGUCCCAGUUUUUCAACAUGGCGAUCAAGAGGAUCCGCUCGGAGUACAUGAAGAAAUUCAAAGACCCCAAAUGGGAAACCUACACGAAGUGUUAUGAGGAGAUGCUGAAGUACAGGCUGACCCGCAGGCUGCUGGAGCAAACACACAACCCCUGGUUCUGGAGUGGCCCCGACAGUGAUUCAGAGUCUGGAGAAAGAAGCCCCCCUCCUCCCAGCAAGAACCAGGUAGGGUCCGAGACCAGCAGAGACAGGAUGGAGCCGGAGCUGGAGGAGUGUGAGGGGGCGAGGGUGGACAGACAGCAGGAGCAGCAGCAGCAGCAGCAGGGCAGAGCCAUGCGGUCGGUACCCAGGCUUCCCCUCCAAGAAGAGGAUGUGUCUGCUCGACAGUCUGCAGUCCAUGGCGCACAGGUUGAAGGUGCCAAAGAGACAGGAGUACUAGAGGAGGAGAGAGAAGAGCAGACUCACAGGGAACAAGACAGAGCGAGAGACACUGGAGGAUCCCGACUACAGCAAAGUAAACCCUCCAAAUCCUCAAAGCAAACAUGGCGCUCCCAGCGGGUCAGACCUGCACCCGCACGGCAGCCCGGGGACGACGGUAAGCAGAGCAGACAUCCGUUCGCUCUGUACGCUUCAGGAGAGAAGAAUUCAAACAUGGCAAGCAAGAAGACACACAAUGUUGGCCCUGCAGCUUCGACUACUCAGAUCCAUGAGUCGGCUCUUCGUGCAAAGACCAGGCGGGAGGUGGAGCACCAGAUCCAGACCCAGAAGACCGAGCGCCGGAGAGCCAAGUCUGCCGAUCUGGACAAGGCCAGAAAGUUGGUCCAACCAGAAUUCAACCCCUGGCUCACUGAGUACAUGCGCUCCUUCUCAGCUCGCUCCCGAUAGGACACACACACACACACACACACACACACACACACACACACACACACACACACACACACACACACACACACUCACUCACACUCAGCAGAAAUACUUACAUCAGGUGUGAUUCCGGACAAAACAUAAGGCCAUUAUUGCCUUCCACCCCUGAAGUUUAAAUACCCAUAGAUGUAAAAUAGAGCACGGGGUGGAUUGAUUUAUACAAACGCUCCAAAAUUUGUCACUAUCACAUUCAGGGUGUAAACUGAUACAACUUUGAAAUACACUGUGUGGCUUAUUCCCCCAGAUGUGUACUGUCAUGUUUUUAAUACAUACAAUAAGAAUCAUUUUACAGGGUAUAAGAUACUCUUGAAAGUAAAUGUAGAAUAAAUAGAUUCAUCUACCACAUACAGAUAUUUAGACUAGAAUGAAGAAGCAUUUUACAGCCAUACUUUGAUGCAGUCCCUUUAAACAUACAGCUAUGUAAAAUGUGUCCAUGUUUUUUUAUACAGGGAUAUCAAACCACAGUGGACUCACACAGGAGUUAUGAAAACACAUGGCAGCAUGUCUGAUUCGACCCACCCACAUUUCUCAAAACACAUGAAAUGUGAGACCACAAACAUAAAGAAUACACUUAUUGUAUUCACAUAUUAACAAAACCAAACAGUCAAAAUGUUUGUAUUCCACAAAGGUCUGCUAAGCACAGCAAGAUGGCUCAACCAACUGAAAGUUUUUUUUAAAUGUAUGCAGCUUUACAGUACAAAGUAUUGAUUGUCUUACAGAAAUAUCUCUGUCUGUUUAUUUAAGAUUUUUACAGCUUUUUGAUUUUCAGAUCACUUAGCGCUCUGAACUGGUUCUUGUAGAUUGAAUGGUUUGUUGAACGGUUAAUGGAUUGAGCCUCACUGACUUGGUUUAGAUGAAGAGGGACUCACACUCUGUACACACAGUCAAACUUAACACAUCUCUGUCUAAAAUCACAGUUGUGUGAUGUGGCACAUUUUCCGCAACGAGGGCUCAGAUGAACAGCCAGACACCGACUGGCAAGUGAACAGACGUUUAUUUCACCCCAAAGUACUUCUCAAAAAAAUGUUUGUGUUAAUGUGCGUAUACAGUAAUCAAUUGACCUGCUGACAUUGCAGUGUGAAAAUAGAUGUGUGUGUGUGUGUGUGUGUGUGUGUGUGUGUGUGUGUGUG